UGACUAUAAAAAGAUGCCUAGGCUUGAAAAAAAUAUUGAUUCCAUAUGCCAACAAAAAAAGGGAAGUGGCAAUGCUCUGAAGAAAGAGGCGUCAAAAUAAAAGAGAGACGCCGUGAAAUAUAGAGAGAGAUGUUGGCAAACAUAAGAGAAUUAAACUUAAUGCAACAACGAAUGGUAUACCUUCAUUUUACAACACAUAAUCCUAUUUGUAAUUCCACGGAUGUACCAACUGCCUGUCAAUUUAGCAAAGAGCGGAUCGAGAAUGCAGUUGGUGUAAGAGGAGCCUCACCUUAUCUCUUGGAAACAAUUGAUGCUUCCGUUAUUUCUGAUAAUGGCAGAGAUAUAAGUAGUAGCUCCUGCAUUUUUGAAGUUGGGUCCACCUCAGGAACGUGCACCGAACAAUACACCAUUACGUCACAUACAACAACAAAGAAAGGUUUGUUUUCAGCUACCCUUCAAAUCAUUUCAAUUAUUUUUUUCCCUUGAACUGAUAUAUUUUCCUUCGCUAAAAUUUGAGAUACACAGGUCGUAAAAAUAGAAUAUUGGGUUGUUGCAACACUAAUGAAUUUCCUACUAGCUCUUUUAGACUCAAACCCGUAUCAAACUGUAAAUUUUGUAGAGCCAAAAGAUUUGAAUAUGAACCGUCGGGGUUUUGUUGUGACAAUGGUUCAGUGAAAUUGGUUCACUAUGGAAUGCCUGCUGAAUUGCUAAAUCUUUAAUUAGGAAACUCUGAGGAAUGUCAACAUUUUCGCACUUAUGUUAGAAUGUAUAAUAAUAUGUUCGCAUUUACUUCUCUUGGAGUGAAAUAUGAUAGAGAUUUAGCGAGAAGAAAUCGCGGUAUUUAUACAUUUAGAGUACAAGGAAAAAUGUAUCAUUUUAU